AUGCGAAGCUCAGCCUCCACUCCGGGACUCUCGACGGUCGGCCUCGGGAAGUUCAACAUUGCUGCGCUGCACCAGGUGAUCCAGCAGCCGGACACCAACAACACAACAGAGCAAUGUGACGACUUUUUCCCCGGGGGCCUCGGCGUACCGGACAGUUUCCAAGGCCUGGACCCAGAGGAAAAUCGACCGCCGGCAGAGCUUUUCGUUUGGGGCCAAGAACGAGCCAGAAGGUGGGAUCGGACCGAGCCAGUCCACUCCCCAACCUCUAACCCUACGUCGAAAGGUGGCGAUCCCAUCGCCUCGGGAGCAGACCCCACUGCAGGUCUGCCGGGGAUACAACGAUCGGCAACGGCAGCGGCAGGCCGCCCUUUCACGGUCACCACAGGCAUGAAACGAAGGGGCUUGGCUACCGCAGGCGGCGAGCCUCCCUGCUUAGGAGGUCAUCGAGCUGGUGGGGCCGGCGGGGCCGGCAGGCGGAGGUCGUCAACGGAGGGAGGAGUACCGAUUGCCAACCGUAGAAACAACUAUUCGGCGGUGAGAGCUAGCCAGGGAACCUGGCAGUUUAUCGCUAGGGCGAAAUCGGUGCGGGAGACACCUGUUUCUAGGGGCGACGCUUCUAGUCUCGUUCGAGAGUUCGAGGCCGCCAUGGCGGUGAUGGACAACCAUGUCGGGGGUCGGGCGGAAGGUCACGACGGGGCUUUCAUGAGUCCAAUGCAAAAUGAUAUACACGGCUUGCAGCAGGAGGUCAGCAGAACUUUUGACGCCCGCGAGGCUGUGGUAGAGGCGGUUGAAAUCGUGGAUCGAUGUGUAGGUAGCGCAGGGAGGGCAGGGGGUGGCAGCGGAGGGGGGUCGCAGCAGGGACGUUGGCAAGACACGGGUGGAGGGAACCCGCUGUCGGAGCCGAUCGUUGAAGAUUCUGUGCAAGAUUUGGGAGGGUCUCCGCUAGAUUUGACAGGUCACUGGGUCAAGCGUGCGGUGGGUAUCGGCCCCGACGACUGGGCUGCCGCCAAGCGUAUUCUCGGGAGCUGUCUUUUCGAACAAAAGUGGCUAGACCUAACGUGCGGGGAGCUCGCCGACCAGGUCACCGUUAUGUGCCUGCCACACGGGCAGCUGCUCCAGGAACUGCGCCGGCGAAACGCAUCGGCGUUCAACCGCCUGCACGGACUGUACAGCGACUGCUUGUGGACGCUGGACAGGUGCGUGGCGAGUGUGCUAGAGGGGCGGAGGGAGAGAAAGCAGGCGGAGGAGGAUUGGACCAAAAAGCUCGAGAAAACGUGCGCAGAUUACGAGGCCAAAAUCAAGGCCAUCCACGACAGCCGAGGUUUCGAAGAACAGGAGCAGGCGCGGGCUAAGAGAGAGGCCAAGGCACACGUGGAUAGGAUGGGAGACACGCUUCGUACCCUGAAUGGUAUCUUCAAGACAAUGCAGGCGGAUGGUAAAGCAAUGACCGAGGUAGACCUCAAGGACCGCUGCAGAUCCCUUGAGCAGGAGUUGGCGUCCCGGAGAGAAGAAAUGCAGGAACUCCGGAGAUUGAAAGAGAAACACCUGGAAACGGAGGCAGAGAUGGAGCAGGUGAAGCUAGAACUACAAAAGACGAAGUUAGAGGCGGUCAAGAUCAAGGAGGAGAUGGAACGGCGGCAAUCGCUUGUAAAGGAACUCAUGGACAACGAGGCCAAACGUCUCACCGAGAUCGAAACCUUGAAGGCGGGAACCGACAGAGUAGGUGGAGGCGACGAAGAUGAUGGAGAAGGCGACGAACGAGAGGGGGACCAUCCCAGAGACGAGAAAGCGUCUGUCAAGAACAGAAACAAACGUCGGCACAAAGAGACCAACGGCGGUUCGAGCGGAACUGGGGGCUCGAACGAAAAAUCGAAGAAAAGCGGCGGCGAAUCGGGAAAAGCAGCAAGCGAUGACGAUGACGAUGACGAACAAGAAGUAGGCUCUUCCGUGUUGUGCAUAAAGUGCCGCAAGGCUUUGGAUGACCUCAGCAAUAUUGCCGAUGCGCUGGAGAAAGAGCGGCAACUGAAGGGACAGACUCGGCUGCAGUGCCACGGGUACCGCUUGCUCCUGCCCAACCUCAAGGGAUACAGACCACCGAGGACGGUGGCAUGGGUACGGACGGUAAUGCGAGCCAUCCUGAGGGCAAAGAUCUGGGACGACAGCGUGCUGCGGUACAAGCAGGACCUCCGCGUGCGCUUCCCCGAGUUCACCUACGCUUGGUUUGAGCCCCCAAGGGCCGUAAUGGCAGCUGCGAACGCCAACGUUAGGUCCAAGCUUGUGGCACAGGCGGAUGACGACCGGUGGGGACUAUACUACGGAGUGAAGUCGCUGGCGCGUGAGAGCGCCGAGGCGACCCUCUUCUGGCACGCUCUGAACGAGAGCAACGGAGAGGACUAUUUAACGUUCCUCGUGUACUGCCUGGCCAUUGUGGAGGGCACCGCGGGGUCUAUGCUUCGAGACCAAUGGGGAGUCAGUGCUACGUGCACCGACCUGCACACGCUCCAGCGCCAGGUCCAAGAGGCUCAGGCUGUUAAGGAACGUUCAGCCAGCAAAGUGGGUAGCGCCAUCGGGACCGGGGCUGGGAGUGUGACUCUGCGGGGUGCUGACAGAGGAGACGAGAAGGAGCAGCUUGAGCCGAUGGCCAGCGGCACAGACGUGGUAUGGUUGCGUUCGAGCGACGCCAGGGAAACGGUAGACCACAUUCUUGUAAAGGCUCUGGAAGACCAAAAACGCAGGGUGCUGGACGCGACGAGGGCUAUCUCGGUGUCUUGCGAGGGUCGCCUAACAGACCAAGACCCUUCGUCCACCUGUGUCGACUUGUUCCUGUUCCUGCGCAUCCUGCUGCAUUCCUUCAAGGAGGAGCAGGUCAACAGACGGGCGGCGGUACGGCUCAUGUUCGAGACGGCGUCAACGGGCGUCCUCACGGACGGCACACCAAUCUACGGGGACGGGAGGGUGGAUCAGAGCGCCCUAGCGGCCGCAGAAACCGUGUACAACAGCCUCUUGAACGAAAGCAAGGCCGUGGUGGACCUGCCGCAGUUCAUGGUGAUCGCCCGAACGCUGUGGCCGGAGGUGACUACCUCAGAUGCUGUUGCCGUGUUCCGGGACGCGCACGAGGACACGAACGGAGAGGUGGACUACCAAGCUUUCUUGAAGCUCGCGGACCGGUGGCAAUUCUUCAGUAACGCCCUCCAGCUGCCGGUUCACAUGCCGAGCCGGGCCGACCUCGGAGAAGAGAUGGACGCCGCUACCAGGAGCAACCUAGGCGCCCUCGUGCACCGCCACUACAACCUUAUGAAGCCUGCGAUGGACACCGUGAAGCAGACGAUGCCCGAGAGCGCCGUGAAGCAGCUAGUCAAGUGCCAGAGAGCCGUGGAGAGGGAGCUCAACGAUGCGUACACGGUCACGCAAGACUCUUCCACUGGAUCACAAUCAUCCAAAUCAAGAAAACGUGAGAGCGGCAGCAGCGGAGAGGAUGGCGCGCUAGAGCCAACCCCGGCUCUGUCUACCACGUCCAUGGACGGCACAAGACCCCUGGCGGCAUAUCGGAGGCUCUUAGCCAUUCUUUACCACAUCCGAAACGUCAGGCACGAGUCCGGGCCGGGGUACGAGACGGUGCCCGGGAAAGGUACAAACGUGGUGCAGAAAACAGAAGCCGAGUUCAGAGCUCUCGAGACCGUCUUCUUCGACCUGCACAUCGAUAGGCGCUUCCAGACGUACGACAGGAUCCGCACGCGGCUCGCGGUGAUGAAAGUGCAGCGCACGUGGAGGAAGAUUCUCGCACGCGCGUGCGAGGUGCCUCUCGGUUUGCUUGACCUCAUGCGGCCGGGGUAUCUCAGAGGUGUGGGAGGGAUCGUAACGAGGGCUGUCCACCACCCACCAUUCUGGGUGCAGCAGCAGAUCUCGGAAAUGUACACAGCCAAGUUACGAAUCCUGGCAAGCAUGGGUACCACCGGAAGCGGGAUUGCGGGGAGCGAUGCCGGCGAAGGUUCUGCCCUAGGGGGGCUGGACGUGACCGCGAUGAUGGGGGACGGCCCCAAACCCAUUAAGGAGCUCUUUCCCGUGACCCUGCAGGAUCCCAGGACCGGUCGCCAGUACUGGCACGAGAGCCCGGCGGUAACCGAGGCUGUUGCGAAAGAGCUCUUUGAUAAGUGCUCCCAACCACCGCCGGUUGAAAAGGGUCCAGGGGGCGGGGGCGGGAGUGGGGGCGGAGGCGGGGGUCCCGCUAGGGCUCGUGUGUCGGGAGUGCAGAUGUCCUUGGGAAAGCUGAUGGGGCACCCAGCAAUAACUGGGGGACGAGAAAAGAGGGUGGAUGUGGACGACGCUCUGUGGCUCUUCAUGCGACACUGGCUGGUUGUUCGGCAACACCGAAUAAGCCUGGUUGACCGUGCCCUCGGUCAGGUCGCCCCUGCCCCUUCCUCUGCUGCCUCAGCAGCAGCUGGAAAUGACGCUGCCCAAGCUGCCAGUCCUUCUCCCUUGGUGUCAGUGGACGGUUUCCGCGUAGUGACGACGCGGUUAGAAAAUAUGAGCAGAUCGGCUCCUCCGAGGGGGGUUGCGGACCUGGUUUACGUCGACGCCUUCAUGGUGGCCUCAAGUUUGUCUCGUCGGCCUGAGAACAAGGCCAUGUCUCACCGUGAGUCCACAAAGACGGCUCUGCUGUCAAGCCCUGUAUUGCUUUGGGACGCCAGUGGGGCAAGGCGGGAGCAGCAGAUGCCUCCUUUAUUCAGUAAUCGCGCCAUGAGAAGCUGGCUCUUGUCAUCAUGGGCUCGAUAUUCGGACCCCAUCAAGGCCGAGGUCCUGGUCAUGUUGGAAGAGCUGCAACAUGUCUCGGACACGACACCAGCCAAUGGCAUCACCCAAGAGCCAACCGGCGUUGAGAGCGCUGCGGCCGACCUGCCGGCCGGUGAAGCGCCAGCGCACACGCCAACAGGGGCACGAGGGUCUGGAGGAAGCGCUGCAAGGCCUGCAAAUGUCGAGGCGGCAAAGCUCGUCAGAGCGCUGGAGAAGAUUCGGAGCGAGGUCAAUCGCUUAGAUGGCUACAUGAAGGACCUAGACACGUUCCACAAGGAGGACAGCAUGGCGCAGUCCACUGCUGUCGUAAUCCCGAAGGAAGCAUCCGCUGAGCAACAGGAGCAGCAAGAGCAAACUCUCUCUCCGGAGAUAGUAAAAAAGCUGUCUAGACCCGGAGAGGUGGAGCGGGCUUCCAAAGAGAUGAGGUCUGUCAUGAUGAUUCUGGCUGCGGUCUACCGGCGCAUGAGGCCAAACGACCCCAGAGACUUCGUGCAAGACUCUUGGGCCUCGGGAAGACGUACCUCCCUUCGACGUACCAGCUUCAACUCGUACUAA